AUGGCGUUGACUGCUUCUCCUUAUUUGGCGCUCUUGGAUGAGGAGGAUCCAAGCUUGAAAGUUUACGCUUUGAAAUCAUUAGACAAUGUUGUGGAUGAAUUGUGGUCAGAAAUCGCUAAUAACUUGGCUGACAUCGAAGAACUAUAUGAAGAUACUUCCUUCGAAGGAAGGGAUCUUGCUGCCCUAAUUGCCUCGAAAGUUUAUUACAAUUUGGGGGAUUAUGAAUCUUCUGUGAGGUUUUCUUUGGCUUCUGGUGAUCAAUUCAAAAUCGAUGAAAGUUCAGAGUUUGUGGAAACUAUUGUUUCUAAAUGUAUUGAAAAAUAUAUUGAGUUGAGUAGAGAGGCUUACAAAACUGGUGAUAAAUCGAAAUUGGAGCCAAAAUUGGUGAACAUCUUUGAAAAAAUGUUAAUGAAAUGUAUUGAACAAAGCAAUUUCUCUUUGGCCAUCGGGGUGGCCCUCGAAAGUUAUAGAUUGGAUAUCUUUGAAUCUAUCAUCAACCAACAGAUUUCUGUAAAGGAAGAAACCUCUUUGCAAUUGAUUAAUUAUGCUUUAAGUUGUUUGUCUACAAUUAAUUACAGCACACAAUUCAAAAACUCGGCUUCUCACAAAUUGGUGGAAUUAAUUUUAAAAUUGAAAAACCCAGAUUUCUUCAUGAUAACCAAAUUGAUUGUCCAAUUGAAUGAUUCUAACUUAUCUAUAAAAUUAUUCAAAAGCUUAGCCGAUGGUGAUGAUGAAAAGAACAUUCCAAUUGCUUAUCAAGUGGCAUUUGAUUUGGUUCAAGCGGCAUCCCAAGAAUUAUUAAAUAAAACCAUUGCUUCCCUCAAAUCCAGUGGUAGUGACAAGUACGCCAAAUUGAUCAAAAUUUUAUCAGGUAUUCCAUCUUGUGAUUAUGAUAUCACUUUCCUCCACAAUAACAAUAACACCGAUGCCAAAAUCUUGAAUUCUAGUAAAACUAGCUUAGAUGGCAGAAGCUCGAUGUUCCACAACGCUAUAAGUUUUAUGAAUGCAUUUUUGCACGCAGGUACCACUGAUGACUCCUUUUUGAGAAAGAACUUGGAAUGGUUGGGGAAAUCCUCGAACUGGUCCAAAUUUACCGCCACCGCGGCGCUCGGUGUCAUCCAUAAAGGUAACUUAUCGCAAGGUAAAACUAUUCUUGAACCAUAUUUACCAGAACGUACUGGAUCACAUUAUUCUCAAGGUGGGUCUUUGUUCGCUCUUGGUCUUAUUUUUGCUGGCCACGGUAAUGAAAUCAUCGAUUAUAUGAGAGGACAUAUCGUCGAAAAAGGAUCAUCUGCCGGUAACGAAGAGAUGGAUGUUAUUUUGCACGGUGGUUGUCUUGGUAUAGGUGUUGCUGCUAUGGGUACAAGUGACGAAAGCAUUUACGAAGAGUUGAAAACUAUUUUAUAUUCCGAUUCUGCUGUGUCUGGGGAAGCUGCCGCCUUGGCGAUAGGUUUGGUGAUGUUGGGAUCUCAGAAUAAAGAAAUUAUUAGUGACAUGAUUACAUAUGCUAGAGAAACUCAGCACGAAAAUAUUACCCGUGGUUCAUCUUUGGCCGUGGCCUUGAUGAGUUUCGGUAAAGUAGAACAAGCUGAUGCAACAAUCGAUGAGUUGAUAAAUGAACAAAACUCCAACCUUCGUUAUGGGGGUUGUUUCACUCUUGCAUUGGCUUAUUGUGGUACUGGUGAUAAGAAAGCUAUUAAAAAGUUGUUACACGUUGCUGUCAGUGAUUCGAGUGAUGAUGUUAGAAGAGCUGCAGUGAUUGCUCUUGGUUUUGUGUUGAUUAAAGAUUACAAGACCAUUCCGUCGAUUGUUGAAUUAUUGGCGGAAUCUUAUAACCCACACGUUAGAUAUGGUACAGCAAUGGCUCUUGGUAUUUCUUGUGCUGGUAAAGGUAAUUUCUCUGGCGCAUUAGACCUUUUGGAACCAUUAACUAAGGACCCAGUUGACUUUGUCAGACAAGGUGCAUUGAUUGCCACUUCAUUAAUCUUAAUUCAACAGAACGAAAAGACCUAUCCAGAUUUGCCAAAGGUUAAAGAAUCAUUUGCCACAGUCAUUGGCAGUAAAGGUCAAGAAGGUUUGGCGAAGUUUGGUGCUGCUUUAUCCCAAGGUAUUAUUGAUGCUGGUGGUAGAAAUGUCACUAUUGGCUUAGAGAAUGCACACACUGGUACUUUGAAUGUUAAAGGGAUUGUUGGUUUGACAUUAUUCCUCCAAAGUUGGUACUGGUUCCCAUUGGCUCAUUUCUUGUCUUUAAGUUUUGCUCCAACUACGGUGAUUGGUGUUACUCAAGAUUUGAAGAUUCCAAAAUUCCAGUUGAACUGUAACAGUAAGAAAUCUGCAUUUGCUUACCCACCAAUGUCCGAGGAUGUCAAGGAAAAGAAGGCACAGAAAGUGGAAACUGCGGUGUUAUCUACGACUAUUAGAGCCAAACAAAGGGCCAAAAAAGCUGCUGCUGAAGAGAAAGUUGAGGAUAAGAUGGAUGUUGAUGAGCCAGUAAAGGAAGAGGACAACAAGUCUACUGAAGAAGAGGAAGUUGAGGAAGAUCAUUACGAGCUUGAUAACUUGACGAGAGUCAUUCCAACACAGCUCAAGUAUAUUUCUUUCAUCGAGAAGGGUAGAUUCAAGUCAGUUAGAGAGUACAGUAACAGCAAUGGUGUGGUGGUAUUGGUCGAUAAAACCCCAUCUGAAAAGGUGGAGUAUAUCAAGACUGUCAGACAGUUGAACGAUACUGAAGCAGCCAUGCCCGAGCCAUUCACUCUUACUGAAGAGGAGUUAGAGUAG